GCUCGCCAGUCAGCUCUUGUCUUUUCACUUUGUCUGUGUGGCGCUUUCCUUCGGAGCCAUGUGGUGCAGCCAGUUCUUACGGGCCCCAUUUGUCCUGGGACAACGCAGCCCUUCGCGGGCGCAGUCUGCUGUGGCCCAGCUCAAGCGCCUGCUGGAGGGUGAGCUGGAGGGUAUCCGAGGGGCCGGAACCUGGAAGAACGAGAGGGUGAUAACAUCAAAGCAAGGCCCGCAUAUUAAUGUGGAAGGCAGCCGAGGAGAUAUCCUGAAUUUCUGUGCCAACAAUUACCUUGGACUUUCUAGUCAUCCAGAAGUCAUCCGUGCUGGACAUGAUGCCCUGGAGAAGUACGGAGCUGGCCUCAGUUCUGUCCGCUUCAUCUGUGGAACACAAAAUAUACAUAAGGAUCUGGAGGAGAAGAUUGCUCGUUUCCAUCAAAGAGAAGAUGCCAUUCUCUACAUCAGCUGCUUUGAUGCCAAUGCUGGGAUCUUUGAGGCACUUCUGACGCCUGAAGAUGCAAUACUGUCCGAUGAACUGAACCAUGCCUCCAUAAUUGAUGGAAUCCGUCUUUGUAAAGCCAAUAAGUAUCGUUACAAACAUAUGGAUAUGCAAGAUCUGGAAGUCAAACUGCAGGAGGCACAGAAAUGUCGUCUGCGGAUGGUGGCUACAGAUGGUGCUUUUUCCAUGGAUGGAGAUAUUGCUCCUUUAAAGGAAAUAUGUAGCCUCGCUCAGAAAUACAACGCCUUUGUUUUUGUCGAUGAAUGUCAUGCCACUGGAUUUCUUGGGCCUAAUGGCAGGGGCACCGAUGAGCUUUUGGGAGUGAUGGAUCAAGUAACUAUAAUCAACUCAACACUUGGAAAAGCGCUUGGGGGAGCAGCAGGUGGCUAUACAACUGGUCCUAAAGCACUGGUGGAUAUUCUGCGACAACGUUCUCGCCCCUACCUCUUUUCCAACAGCUUGCCUCCUGCUGUUGUGGGCUGUGCCUCCAAAGCUCUGGACCUGCUCAUGGAGAGCAAUGCCAUUGCGCAAUCCAUGGCUGCCAAGACUUCACAGUUCCGAAGUAAGAUGGCAGCAGCUGGAUUUACAAUUUCAGGCAAUAAUCAUCCUAUUUGCCCUGUAAUGUUGGGUGAUGCCCGGUUAGCUUCAGUGAUGGCUGAUGAUAUACUAAAAAGAGGCAUUUACGUCAUCGGCUUCAGCUAUCCUGUAGUGCCCAAAGGUAAAGCCCGUAUCCGAGUUCAGAUCUCAGCUGUUCACAGCGAAGAGGAUAUUGAUCGAUGUGUGGAGGCCUUUAUUGAAGUGGGGCGUAAACAUGGAGCCUUGCCUUAAACAGCUGCAGGAAAAGAACCGUGCCUUUCUACAACUGGAACCAAAUGCUGCCAAAUAAUACUUUGUUUUGCCAGUGACAAGGAUUGUGGAAAUUAUAGUUCCAAAUUCCCCAGUUUGCCUGCUUUUUGUAUAGAUUACUUUGCAAUAGUUCCAAUGAAGGUCUAUGUUCUUCUAAGAACUACUAUGCUAGAAAAUUAAUAACAAUUGCCUCUCCCGUGGUCAAAGGCAAGCAGAGCUUAUAACACAGGUGUCAAACUCAAGGCCCGGGGCCUGGAUCCGGCCCAUGGGGUGCUUAAAUCUGGCCUGCAGGGCCACCCUGGAAACAGCAAAGGACUGGCCUGCGGUGCCUCUGCCAGCGAAAAUGGAGUUCGGGAUGGCCACAUAUGGCUCUCAGAGGCUCCAUUUUCAGCCGCAAUGGCCUCCUGCAGCCCUCUGCCAGUGAAAAUGGAGGUCGGGGUGGGGGACUGCAGAGCUCCGUUUUUGCUGGCAGAGGGCUGCAGGAGGCUCUCGCAGUUAAAAACGGAGCCUGGGCAGGCCAUGCACAGCCUCCCUGAGCUCUGUUUUCACUGGCAGAGGGCUGCAGGAGGCUGUUGUGGCCAAAAACAGCCCAGGCGGGCCGAGUGACAUCAAGCUGGCAACUCCCCCCCCCUCCCAAGGUCAAACAACCCUGAUGUGGCCCUCAAUGAAAUCAAGUUUGACACCCCUGUUAUAACACAAGGGAAAAGAUUGCAUAAAAUACCCCAUUCUGGUUUGUGUCUUAUGGUCAGGCCGCUGUGGCUCCAUUUUAUCCCUUUCUUGCAGAAAUCGAGUUGGAGGAAGGAAGAGAGAAAGAUGACUUUUUUCCCCUCUCAUCCUUGCACAAAUUUCUCUUUGUUGAAGCAGUUUCUUCAGAUUGAUCACUAGAGGGCAUAUUUGUAACUCUAGCCUCAGGGACCCCAAGGAAGCAGAACAUACAUACAUUGCAGUAGUUUAUUGCUUUUCAUUAUGCAAUCUCAUCAUUGUUGUAUAUUCCUUACAAUAUACUAAAAGCAUUAACAAACAAU